CAAGCCAUGUUUCCCCAGUGAAGACAUUUUUCGCUCCAUGGCACCAGUAGCCUAGGAGCUGGUUCCCUCCACUGACUGGAGGGGGGGGGGGGGGCACUCAGAGGCUCGGGCUCAUAGAGGAGAUUCAUAAAUCCAGUGUCAGACUUCUUGCCUCCUCAAGUGAAAUGUAAAACAGGAGGCGGCAGGUGAAAGCGUGAACCACACGCGCGCAGAGGAGGGCGCUGCGUAAUUGCGCGGCGCGACCAGUGACACGCCGUGACCCGUUGACACUCGGUGCGCACAUUUCCACCGGACGCGGAGAAUAAAGCGAGCUUUCGAGCCUCUCUCCUCUCCUCCACUUCAUGGCUCAGCAGCGCGCCGCUCGUCCCGUCGUGCCCAUCGCGCUGCUGCUGUUCGGACUCGCCGCGGUGCUGCUGCUCACGGUGCCCACGGAGGAUGUGCAGGAGGCGCCGGGGUUCGCGUACGGGAUCGUCCUGGAUGCUGGAUCGUCGCACACAGCGUUGUACAUAUACAAGUGGCCGGCAGACAAGCAGAAUGGCACAGGGGUGGUCACCCAGCACAGCGAAUGUCAUGUUAAGGGCGGAGGCAUCUCCAGCUACGCCGGCCAGCAGGGGGCGGCGGGGCGGAGCUUAGAGGCGUGUCUGGACCAGGCGGUGGAGGACGUCCCCAAAGAAAGACACCGGCUCACCCCUGUGUACCUGGGAGCCACAGCUGGCAUGAGGCUUCUGCAGAUCUCCAGCCCGGAGCAGGCGGUCCAGAUUCUCCAGGAAGUGGGCCACAAAAUCCAGUCCUACCCUUUCAACUACCAGGAUGCGACCGUACUGAGUGGUCAAGAGGAAGGGGCGUACGGCUGGGUCACCGUCAACUACCUCUUAGAGAACUUCAUAAAGUACGGUUUCGUGGGCCGCUGGCUCAGCGCCGGCCGACCCACGGUGGGAGCGCUGGAUUUCGGCGGGGCGUCCACGCAGAUCACCUUUGCGACUCGGGAGGAGGUGGAGGACGAACACGACCUGAUGAAGCUGCGUCUCUACGACCACGAGUACUCUUUGUACACACACAGCUUCCUGUGCUACGGGCGAGACCAGCUCCUCAAGAGACUUCUGGCUCACGUGGUAAAGUCUCAGGGUUACCCGGAGUCGGUCGAUCACCCCUGCUAUCCCGCGGGCCACAGUCGGACUCUGAAGGUCAGCAGUAUAUUCAACUCUCCGUGUACAACAGAGUACACGCCGAGCUCCUACGACCCCCAGGCGUCGCUGACGGUGCGAGGCAGCGGACACUACGAACGCUGCGUGGGCAACGUGUCCGAGAUCUUCUCCUUCGCCGGCUGCUCCUUCUCCCGGUGCUCCUUCGACGGGGUCUCCCAGCCGAAUGUCACCGGCAGCUUCAUGGCGUUCUCUGCUUUCUACUACACUCACUCGUUCCUGCAGCGAAUCACCGGCGUCACGGUGAACACGCCUUCACAGCUGGACGAGGCCGCCGAGGCAGUGUGCAGGAUGAGUUUCAAUCAAAUGUUGCUUCUCGCUCCGGAGCAAAAGGUGCGUCUGCCCGACUACUGCGCCUCCUCUGUGUUUGUCAAGGUCCUCAUGUUGAGAGGCUACGGCUUCGACGAGACCUCCUUUCCGCGCAUUUCCUUCCAGAAAAAGGCAGGGGACGCCUCGGUGGGCUGGGCCCUGGGCUACAUGCUGAGUCUGAGCAAUCUGCUGCCCGCGGAGAGCGUGGGGCUGAGGAAGGCGCUGAGCGUGGGCACGUGGGGGACGCUCCUCUUCCUCUGCGCCCUGCUCCUCGCUGCAGUGCUGCUCUUCGUCUCCCGGCAAGCAUGUGGCGGGAAGAAGAAAGGAGGCAGUGAAAGCACCAUCUAGAUAUUGUGCGGUCAGAAAGGGGAGCGGCGCAGUUGUGCAGUUUUGUUUGUUCUUGCUCUUUACUCCAACCCGCUGGGUGUGAAAUGAAACUGGGACCCUGAACAAAGAGGUUGCACCGUGGGUUUUUUUUCAUUUCAUAUCCAAAAUGCUGGAGUGAAGAGGCAACGCAAUAAAAAAAUGUGACCAAAUAUUCUCUGACUGCCCUGGAGGUUCAACAACACAACACUCUCCUCCUGGUGGCACUGGCUCGUCAGGGGAGGUCUGAAUGUAUAUUUGUAUUCUGAAGAAGUCAAACCAACUUUUGUCCGUAUGGAAUGUGAAAAAUUCCAGCUUUUCUUUUUUUAAUAGAAAAUAUGGUGUACUCUGAAGCACUGUUACAGUAAACUAAAGCACACUGUGGAGAUUACUACCAGUUUAUUUAAUAAGGAAUCACUAUUUGUAUUAUUUUUGUUUUCAUUCACAUUCAGCUUUGUUUGCUGAGUUUAACAGAAUUUUUUUUUUUACAGAUGUGGUGAAAAGCAGGUGCAUAUUAUAGACAUUUGUUGACAGACACAGACUCCAGUCUCUUGGCACAUUGAAGCUUUUUUUUAUCACAAGCAAAUUAUAAAAACUUGUGACACACGGACCAGAUCAAUAACUAGUUUAACCACUUCUCAGGAAAAGCUUUGUUUAGUCAGUAAUUGUGAUAUUAAUGACGGAAAUAUAAAGAAUGUUUUCGAAGUACAGGUUCAUAUCUGAUAGAAUAGGCCUCUUGAUACACAUCAAAAUAAUGUUUACACUUUUUUUUACAGUAAUGCAGAAUUCAGUCAUGUCAAUAACUUAAGACACUGUAAAUCUAACAAUGUGCACAAAGUGACUGCACGGAGAGAAAAACCAGACCAACGUGGUUAAAGUUGGCGCAGCCUACUGUGACAGUAAAUGUAACAUUUUCAUAUCAUAUUAAUAUUAGUAUAUAAUAAAUUUUGCAUUGUCUUGACAUUA